CGGGGUUUGACUGUAUGCAUGCUGGUUAGCAUAAGAUUUUCCCGCUUCUUCUGUUUUCAACACUCACCCGCUCUCUGACGACAUGAACACCUCCGCGAAUCGAGUUUGUCGACACCUACUCGAAUUACGGCAAAUGUGCCAAACUCUCGCGCCACUCCCACAAACAUGAACUCCCUUCCCCCCUCGCACUGGCUCUACCCGGGCGCGCUCAACCAAUCCCUUAUCCUCGCUGAGAGGCAAAACCCAAACUCAAACUCCGGCUUCGAUGAAACCGAACUACUCAAAGCGGCCGCGGCGGAAGGAGCCAGGAGCAAGCCUGGUGAGUUUGGUAGCAAUGACGUCGAGGUGCAUGUCGGUGAUGUUAUAAUCCCGGAGUGGAGGGUAGAUAUGGAAGUUGGGAUGAGGACGGUGGAUUUGUAUUGUGCGGGAUGUAGGGGAGGGAAGGAGAAAUAUGGGAGAGGAGGGGUUUGGAGUGCUUGUGAUAAUUACACAUCCACCCUCACAUUCCCCUUCCACGACGCUGCCUCCUUCUCCCCACCCCGAACCCCCUACACUAUCCCCCCUCUCUCACAACUCCUAACGCUCCCAAACUCCACCGUCGCACUCUGCUUCUUCCGCCUCUCCGAUAAAAACGGGUUCAACACGAUGGACUUCUCGAUUCUCUUCCCAGUGCUACAAGAGCCGCGAUUUCCGCAUUAUAUGUUUCGUAUGGGAUCGCCAACGGGGUUGGCAGACACGAGUAUUGUAGCCACGAGCACGGCACCUGCGCUGAUUACCGGUGAUCAGUAUGAGGAAGGGAAAGGACUGAAUACUGGGAAGAUCGUGGCGGCUGUAUUGGGGGGGAUGGGCGCUGUUGUUUUAGGGGCGCUGUUGUAUUGGCUUUUCCUGAAAAGGAGAACGUGGAAGGAUGCCAAGGGUAUCAGAAGUGCAGAGAGUAGUCCAAAUAUGGCCACUGAACGGGGCGGGAU